GUUGUGAUAAACUUAUUAAAUAGAUUAUAGCCACCACCUGAAAGCAAUAUAUAUUUGGCGUCAUUGAGUCAGUUCUUUUGGAAUGUUUCGUUAAUGAUGUCCAAUGGAGGGCCAGUAUUGUUUCAGAGGUAACUCUGAAACUCUCUCAGAGGGAAGUUCUGACGAUUUCACCUUCAAUGCCCCGGUGAAACUCUCACCUGAAGACGGAGAGAUUUCAGCAGAUAACUAUGACCUAAAGGGGAUUCUGGGGGACUACGAGCGACUGGCUGAAAUUUUGACCUCCGCAUCACCUGGACGCGAGGAACUAGCUGGAAUCAGCUCGCAAUCAAGACAUCAGAAGUCUGGUUCAAUUAAUUCGAGAACUUCUCAAGCUCCGGACACUAAACACCCACAUCAUGCAAAACAGGACAAUCGUAAGCAACAUUCAACCGAAACUUCACACAGUUCAUCAUCUAAUAGCAGCGGUAGUUCUUCGAGAACUAAUUGCGCCCCGAACCCAAAAAAGCACUGGGAAGAGAAGUAUAAAUCAUCCGCACCUGAACACGGCAGUGGAUCUUCAUCGAACAAAUCACCACGACGAGAGAAACACUCAGCUCAUAAACAACAGUCAUCUCGACCUUCAACUGAAAGUGGGAGGCACUCUCCUCCGCAUGUGAGUGAAGAAACAGCAGAAAUGCCUAGCUCACAUGGGUCCAAGAGUGGUCGCUCGUGUCAUGGCUCCAAGGGACGCGAGCAUUCAAUGCCUCAACAUACUUCUCUGACAUCUGUCAAAAAUCAAGAUUCAGCCCUUUCUGGUGCUUCAUCAGGCGGUGCCUUUGCAGUAUACUCUAGUCCAACUAGUACCAGCUUCAACAAGAAACACAAGCACUACAACAAAAACCACCCACCAACUAACUCAACCAAAAACUCCACAACAGAUCAGAAAAGUAGUCCCACAAAAAAGCCUGCCAAGAACAUUUCAUUAUCAUCAGCUAACGAAGCAACCCAUUCAGAUAAAGAUGCUAUUCGAUGUGAAAGUGGACUGGACAAAAGAAAAGGUCAUAGCAUAGGAAAUAGUGGCAGUAGCACUAGCAGUAGCUUAGGUCUGGGCAAUGAGUCGAAAAGAAUCAAGCUCGAAUGUGUAGAUUCUGUAUCUGCAAAAAACAUCAAUGGCACAAAUAGAGCAAUUGAUCCGGAUAGGUUAUUUGAACCUAUCAAUCUUCCCUCCAGCAAACCAGACAAUUAUACAACAGUGCGAUCAUCGUUGCCUUCGUCGCUUUCUCGUCCAGAUUCAGAAGACAGGCAUCGUUCGCCUCGGAAAUCCUUGGGUGGACUGAAACACGGACGUGAUUCGCCUUACGGAGAAGAUCACUCGAACAAAAUACCCAGAAUAUCUGGAUCAGCUAGCAACCAUGAAGAUCAUGGAGACACUGAAAGUGGUGUUCCCUUAAAAACGGAACCGGAUGAGUGUUCCACCAACUCGGCAGUUUAUUCGGCAUCCAGAAUUGGUAGCAAUUAUGCAUCCGAUUCCCCAAGGAGUAUUUCCUCUCCUAGAGGUACUCCUGGGAACCACGGAUCCAACGUCCAGAACCAACAGGAUCCGAACACCACUCAAAAUAGUUGCUCUUCUGGAUCUCAUUGGAAGCCUUCGAUAUGCGGAGGCAGGCGCAGCCCUCUUAAAGUGCAUGACAAAUCCAAGCAUUUGAAGACUGACCCGCCUAUGGCCAGAGUAGCUCCGAUGGCGAGAGCUAAGCCUUCGUCUCCUGCCCAAAAUGCAUCGCCCUUAGUGAGCAGAAUGAGUUCAGAUGCAAAUGGAGCAACAGCAUACACGAAUGUGAACGAAUUGGAAAGAAUGAGGGCACAGAAUCUGAUGGCGAAUAAUCCCAGGAUGAUGCGUGUUGAAGAAAUAUUCAAGGAAGUGGAAUCUCUGAAGACGCCAGACCCUAUUUUGCCAUUUUCUGUUGGGUCGUCUCUGAGCUUUGGAGCAAAUGAGCCGAACAACAACCAAACCAACGAGCCAUUCGACCUUGAAUCACUUUUACUUCCGAGUUCUCACUCUUCUCUUGGUGAUGUGACGGGGGAUGAAUUUGUACCCACUCCAUUGCCGGCUGAGGGACAACAGGAGCUGCACAUACAACCAGAAGGAGGAUGUGGCGAUGGAGAAGAAGAGGACAGCAAGCAUGGACGAUUGUCUGAUUCAUCGUCUUCAGCAGAUACCUCCAAUCACCUUGAUAACUCGUGUAGAAGUGGAAGCAGCAAUGGGGGAAAGGAGGUGGUGUUGACAGGGGACGAAGAGGAUGAGUCAUCUGUGGUGUCGCCUUCCGCACUCUACGCACCUCCGCCUGCCUCCCCUCAGCUGGAAGAACCGCCCCAUGCAGCAGUCAAGGGCAACACUCCUGCAUUGAGAAGACAGCAUGCCGCUAAGGAAGUAGCCUUUGCAGCUCAACAGUCGCAAGUAAAACACUCUAAUGCUGCCAAUGAGACAUUACCGCUACGAGACAAUGCCACCACUGAUCAUGCAAGACAGUCCACUUCGAAGUCGCAAUCACAUGUAAAAGCAGAACAACCGGAAAGCAAUAAACUACCAAAAGAAGAACCAGAUAGUGAAAUAGAUAGUGAUGAUGAUGGUCAGGUGCACGAUGGUUCAUCCUCUUCGUCAUCGUCCUCGUCCAGUGAUGAAGGCGGUAGCUCUCAAUCCGAAGACGAAGCGCAUAAAGACCACACUGAGGAGAACGCCCUGACUAAAAAUGAGGAACCGAGUAAAACGAGCAUCGCUGCCUCGCAGUCCAACCCAGCCGCAGACCAAAGCUUGAAAUCAGAACCCGAGUCGCUACCGAGUCCGCCGAUUAAGACACCAUCCGAGGAGCCACCAUCGAGCUCCGCUUCGGAGUCAACCCCGAAUAAGAAUCCGGCCAAGGGAUCUAGACCUUCUUGGAGUCUAGCGUCGUUUGGAGUCCGGCAAUUAUCCACUUCUCCAUCGCCAGUGAAGAGUAAAACAGCAAAUGUUCGAAAUACGGGGUCAAAUUCAGCAGGAUCGCGAUCUAGAGCAGCCAAAUCGACAGAAGCAGACUCGAAUGGCAAGAAAAGUACUAUAAGUGCAAAGAAAAUCCCAGAAGCAUCAUUUAACACGGACCAAGCUAGUGAAAGUAAAAAGCCAAAUACUACGACACCAGUACCGAAAGAAGAAUCAAUUGAAGCUAGGCCGCCAUCGCCUCCGAUUAAGAUCGUGGCCACGAGAAGAGAACAUACAGCAGCAAUAGCAGCUAAGAAUAAAGACAAAAUAGCAUCAGUUCAUCCAUUUAGUAAAACUAGCUCGAAGAAGCAACAAAAUCAAGACAAUACUGCCAGCAAUGUCAGUGGAAAUACACCGCAUGUUUCAUCACUCAUGCCUUUGAUAUCGCCUAACAAAGUAAAAGGUUGUGUCAAAAAUAUCAUCACUCCUCGAUCAUCAGCAAACACUGGCUCCACUGUAGCUAAAGAGCCAACUAAUUCCAAUAAUGAUCACCCAAAGGAAGAGAAAUCCAAGAAAGGAAAAACGAAAACCACCGAAACAAGCGACGUUAGAAAAACGGACGUUUCUGUACACGCGAAAGGAGGGAAGAAGUCGAAAUCGAGCAAUAGUAAAGCAUCAGCAGCUGCUUCUAACUCGAAGACUAGGAAAGAGACGUCUCGUUUGUUAAAGGAGACUGUUUUUGAAGAAGACGAAACUGGUAGAAAGAUCCCUAAACUAAUGUUCGCGUUAGAUUUGAGGAAGUUGGUUGUUCCAGAUAGACCUCAAAUCAGUGAUGAAGUUAAGGACGAAAUGAUGUCUGAAGAGAACGGAGUUCCCACAAUCUCACAUGCUGCUCCGAGAGAGACGGCAACUGAAAGUGGCUCGAAGAAGAAACAUAAACGCGCCGGCUCUUCGAAAGACAGAAGCGAUUCUAAAAAGAGUAGAAAACGGGAUAAGCAAGAACCAAUUCCUCCGGAGACUGCUGAGGUAUCCAUGAAUCCCGGAAGUGUCUCUUCGUCAUCGGUGUCAGGAGUGUCUUCGGCACAUAGUGCGGGUGGAGUUGGAGGGCAUUCUGGGGUCAAUAUGGCCGCCUCUGCCUCGCCAAUGUUUCCCAGUCAGGAUAAUGAUUCCUUCAGUAACAGCAAUUUCAGUGGAUCCGAGAUGGCCUCAGAGGACUCGGUCGGAAACAGCCGUCUGUUUGGUGCGCGAUCUUCCAAUGGUGGCAGCAAUAAUCUAGCAAAUAGAAGUAUGCCGCAGGCCGCAACCCAAGCAGGAACGCCCGGUCCCCACGCCCCGCCAGUGACUCCUAAUUCCUUGGACACUGCCUCUGCUGUUCAGCCAAGCACGCCUGGAAACUCAACAAGCGCACAAGCACAAGAGCUCACCGGGCUGAAGUCGUUCUACAUCGAGCAGGCCAAGAUAUACAAGAAGAAAGCAGAUACGUGUGCGAAGACACUGCAGUCCAGUCUGGAUUAUGCCCAGGCGGUGAUCUACUACAUCUCCUAUGCCACUGCAUGUCUCCACUCGAAUGACGUGCACAGGGCAUACCACAUAUUCACCUCCAAGGAGAUCAAAGGCAUCAUCAAUGUGGCGAUGAAGUUGAACGUGAAGUAUCAGAGUGCGGCUCUGAAUCAGGACAGGAUAGACAUAGUGUGUGUGCUGCUGAUGAAGAUCAGGGGGUAUUUCGAGAUGCAGGCCUUCAACGUGCGCAAAGAGCAAACUGUGCGCUCCGUGGGAACACUCAACGAUUUCAUCAAAGACCGAAAGAUCAAUGGCGGGCACAGUAGCAGCAACGGAGGAAGACUGGAACCGGAGUCUCCGACUCAGAGUGUGGCCUCGUUCGGAAGCAAUGGAAGCGGCAACAAUGCUCAGGGCGGGUCGGCCACAGGAUCAGUGGGCCAGGUGCACAUUCCUAUGGAUAUGUAUGCUGUGUUUGAGAAUUACGUGGACUACUCCCAACACUUGAUCACUGCACACGAUACUUGGGACCAGGCGGCACUACUGCUCAAAAGACCGAAUGUAGCAAAGUUCUACGCUACUGUGGAUAAUGAAUGUGGCUAUACAGUAAAUAUCCAGAGUCAACCUGAACCCUUCAUUCAGUACUGCAACGCCGUCAUCAACCUCAUCCGGCCCAAAAUGAUGAGCAACCCCCUAAACCCGUUGGCCACCCAAACUCAGAUUGCAAACAUACCGAACGCAAAUCACAAUCAUAACCAAACUCAUAACCAAACGCCAACCUCACACAGUUAGUGAGCUGGUGCCGCCAUAACUUAUUCAGCCAUGAUGCGCAGUCGCCACCUGAACCAAUCAAGGUCGAGAAAAAACUCAAUCAGCCAAUCGCAUCAUCCUAAAAACGAUCAAUCUUCAAUUAUAUUGGAGAGCCAGGUCGUUCAAUCAGCUGCUUUCAAAACUAAAUGAAAAUUUUGAGCCAAUCAAAUUUGGUACAUUGAUCAACCAAUCAAAUUUGAGAACUCGAUCUCUCCGUACAACAAUACAACGUACUGAUCUGAUUUUUUGGUUGACUUACAGUACAUAUAGUAAUUAUUUAGUUAAUUAAAUGCCAUGAUAUUUGUUGUUGUUUUUCCAACGGUGUGCUUUACAUUAACCACCUGCUAAAUCAAAAUUAUGGUGCCUUUAGAUCUUUUUCUGAGUUUUUGUUGUGUUGAACAAGUAGUACAUAUACGGUUUGUGAGCAAAAAAUCGAAUAUCGUUGUUGCUUUGAUACAAUUUUUCAACUAUAAUUUAUUGAGCUCAAUGGUCCGUGCAUCAUUCCAUAUCAGGCUCAUCCGCUCAUCUUGGUGCGAAUCUAAUAACAUUCUUUGCCUAACGUCCAUUUGGCCGAUUGCUCACGAUCAACAUUUCUGUAAAAAUAUAAUCGAGACUUGUUUUCAUUCUUGAUCAAUUUCAGUGGGCAAAUCAGCUUCGUAGUUUAGCGUGCAAUAAGCAAUUACUUGGUGAUCAGAUCACUAGCUUUCCAAAAAUAUAACUUGUUGUUUUUGAAGCUUGAAAUCGUCUAACAGAGCUUCUCACAAUCAAAUUCUAAAUGAAUUAGUUUCAUCUGCAAACAAACAUCAUCGUCUUUUAUGUAAAAUUUAUUGAUAACCUUGUUGAUUUUGCUAAUUUAGUUUAUAGAUUUGCAAUAGCUGAAAUCUUCGACCGUGUUAAUUUGUUGUGUUGAUUGUUAUAAAUGGUGAAGAUUUUAGGAAUUACUUUAGUUCUGACUUUUCAGACAAUAAAUCGUUGCUUUUGUUUGAUGCAUUUGGUGAAUAAUUUGCUGGUUGCUGGAACGAAAGAUAACUAAUAUUUAAUUUUUGAUACUCGA